GGUCCCACGUCUAGCGGACGGACAGAGCGAGUCGUCGGGACAAAUGGGAGGACUCACACCCGCAGGAAUUGUUGCAGUUCAAAGCGGCUCCGUUAUUUCUUAUCUCUGAUUCUUAUGUUAUCGAAGCGCAGUUUCGGGACUAGGUGAAAACUCCGAGUCUGAGCAGCAGCAGCGAGUAAUCUGAGAGAAACAAAGUAUGGAGUUUUCUUUUUGACAGCCGCAACGCUGCUGCACCCUGACAAACAUCAGAGAGCAGGAGGUGAGCUGUCACCAUCCAUUCAGCUGCCGGGCGACCGACCAGCCCUGCAGCCGUGCAUCCUGACUGUCUCUGCCUGCAUUUGUGUGCCUGAAUGUCCACAAUGACUCAAAGGGGACUUGACCGGUGGAUUCCCUGCUGACACCUCCGAUCCCCAGAUAUCCUCCCUGACUGCCCCCUUUCCUGACGGCUUUAGUGUACCCUUGUUCUUUGGAGCUUCCCUCCCCAUUUAAGCUGUCACCAUGGCUAGCCUGGUUCUCAACGAGACUGGAAUGGAGGACUGUGGGAUCGACGACUCCUUCAAGUACAACCUGUACUCUGUGGUUUACAGUGUGGUCUUCGUCCUAGGCCUGAUCACCAACUGUGCUGCCCUCUUCGUGUUCUGCUUCCGGAUGAAGAUGCGCAACGAGACGACAAUGUUUAUGACUAACUUAGCGUUAUCUGAUUUAGUUUUUGUUUUUACCCUGCCAUUCAAGGUCUUCUACAAUGUUAAUCGCCACUGGCCGUUUGGAGAUGAACUUUGUAAGGUUUCAGGAACAGCCUUCAUCACCAACAUCUACGGCAGCAUGCUCUUCCUCACCUGCAUCAGUGUAGACCGCUUCCUGGCGAUAGUCUACCCUUUUCGCUCACGCUCCAUCCGCACGCGCAGGAACGCAGCCCUGGUGUGUGCUGCCGUGUGGCUGACCAUCGUAGGAGGAGGAAUAUCAGUGACCUUCUUCUCCACCAUCAACAGCAAACACAGAGCCACCACGUGCUUCGAGGGAUUCUCUAAGAGCACCUGGAGGACCUAUCUGUCCAAAAUCACCAUCUUUAUUGAGAUCGUGGGCUUUCUCAUCCCCCUGCUGGCCAACUUGGUAUGUUCCUCGCUGGUUCUGCGGACACUGCGUCGCCCUGCGAGUGUUGGUCACGGCUGUGAGAGCAAGAGACGUGUCUUACGGAUGAUUCUCGUCCAUCUGGGCAUCUUCAUCAUCUGCUUUGUCCCUUAUAACUCUAUCCUCUUUCUCUAUGCCCUGGUGCGGACCCAGGCCCUGGCUAACUGCGCUGUAGAGCGAUUUGCCCGAACUCUGUACCCGAUCACUCUGUGCCUGGCCAGCCUCAACUGCUGCCUGGACCCCGUGGUAUACUACUUCACCUCAGAGAGCUUCCAGAAAAGCUUGACCAUGGGGGGAAAAGGGUCUGGCUCCCGACCUGAGAGUAACCCCCGCAGUGACACUGAAACCCAGGACACAGGAGGUACUCUCCCCAGAGACACACAAACUCUGGCCAGCAAUGGAAAAGAGACAAAGAUGUCUGAAAGUCAGUUCUGACUCAGCAGGGAAGAUGGAAGGCAAAGAAGGACGGGGUGGGUUUGAAAGACAGGAACCCUGAAUUUGAAAAAAUAAGCAAUCAGCUGUUUGGUCCUGGAAGUGACAAACACAUAACUCAGCAGAUUAGUUAAGUCCUGAGGUAAGUCCUGAGGUACGGCCUGGGCUUUAAGGAUUAAUCCACCGCUAGAGAGCAGAGGAAUGUAUCUGUUUUUAUUAUGAGAGAACACUACAGGGACCAGAGACCCAGCCACAUCAGGAAUAUCGUGAUAGUCCAGAGACACGCAGAGCCUCUAAAAGAGACUCAGACACAUCAUCACUCAGGCUUAACACACACAAACACUCACAAAUGCACUGGAUUGUGGAUAAGAUGGAGAUUUCCGUUCACAUUGUUGCUGUUAAGUACUUUUGUUAAACACUGAGCCCUUAAGUUUUGUUGUUAAAAAGCUCAAGCUUUCACGGUGCAUUAUAUCAUUUUAGACAUUAAUGUUAUGACACUCUUUAGUAUGGUGAGACCCAUUGUUAUUAUAACACAGCAGCUCACUGACCUGCUGAGUUAAAUGUGUCUCAUGUUGAAGUCUGAGGCCAUUAAAUGUCAGUUUUGAAUUACUUUAGUGGCUGCAUUUAUUAUUUCUGUGCCUGUUGGUCCAGUCAAACUGGCCUUUGUCAGCUCGCCUGUAGGUCUGAACCCAUGGAGGAGUUUUUCUACCCAGGCUCUUCACUUUCACCAAGCAGCCGGUGGGAUCUUGUUCUCGGAGGAGUGGGCAGCUCUGAUCCGGUCGAGGACCUUGGCCUGUGUGCUGUGUCACAGGCCAAAUGCUUAUUAUGACUGAAGCAAUGGUCCAUUGUUUGCUUCUGAAUGAGGUCUCUCUGUCUUAAUCUGGCCUUAGACGGCAGAUCUGCUCAAAGUCUCUUACACACAGCAACCCACACACACUCCAAAGUACGAGUGAACAGUGUUGAAUAAA